UGUUUAGAAAAAAUAGGGUUUUUACUAUUAGAUUGUACCUCAAAAUUCUCAUCAAUGGAUACAUCUCUCUCUUUCUCUAGACUCCUCUCUUCUUCCACCACCACAUCACUCUUAUCUCCCAAAACCAAAACCCUCUCUUCCAAUUUUACCCUCCCCCUCAAACUCAACCGUUUCAACCCAAAACCUCUCCGAUUUUCCACUUCAUCCAAAAUCUCCGCCACCAUCUCCGUCGGCGACAAACUUCCCGAAUCCACCUUCUCAUACCUCGACCCCGCCGGCGAAGUCCAAACCAUAACAGUUUCCGACCUAACAAAAGGCAAAAAAGCCGUUCUCUUCGCCGUUCCAGGAGCUUUCACACCAACAUGCUCACAGAAACACUGCCAGCUUAUCAUGUGCGAUUGUUCCAGCUUAAUAGGGUGUUUUAGAUUCGUUUUUCAAAAGCUUUGCGCGCGUAAAUUGAUUCUGAUUAUGGGAAUACUAUGCGGCUUUGUUUCUAGCAAUUGGGCUGAAUCAGUCAUCCAAUUCGAUUUCGAAAUGGCAACCCAAUUUGACAUGUUGUGCGAUGUUCUUCCUGGGCAUAAUUCAUGGAAGUUCAAAGUUCGUGUCCUCCGUAUGUGGGCAAUUUCUUCUUUUAUGAAGCCUAAUGAGUUGAACUCUAUGGAAAUGGUGCUGAUAGAUGAGAAGGGAGGUAAGAUUCAUGCCUUGAUAAGGAAAGAAUUGUUUACCUAUUCCAGAAUAAAUUAA